GGUGCAUUGGAUCCCGGCAUCGAUCUAUUGGAAGCACUAAAUAUACAAUCAAAUAUAUCCCAGUAUCCUGGGAUAACGGUUACGCAAUCCAGAGUUUUCCAUUUAUCAGGUCUCGAUCGAAAUCUUGUUCUUCCGGCUGCGGUUUUUCACCGGGCAGUCGAGCAGAUGAAAAAAUCAUCAGAAUUUACCUUUUCCGUUGUCCUAAAGCAAGAACAAUCAAACUCUGGGACCAUAAUAUCAUUUUCCAACGGAAUUAAUAGGUAUUUAGAAUUACAAUCAAGUGGAAGACGUGACGAAAUACGUUUUCAUUACACACACAUAACAGCAGCGGGUGUUACGCAGAUUCUAACGGAAACAUUUCCGUAUCGACUUGCGGACGAUAUCGAGCACAAGGUGUCACUUACUGUUAGCGGCACUGAAAUGCAGCUAUUCAUCGACUGCCAUCCACUGUAUAAAAGAGUGACACAUUUUUUACCAGAUAGAAAUUUUAGUGCUUCCAAUAUGCAAUUAUUCGUCGGACAAAGGAACUCAAAUAGUCAUUAUUUAUUUAAGGGAGAAUUAAAAGAUUUACGUCUUAUAACUGGGUCUUAUGGUUAUUUAUCUCAAUGUGAGUUGAUGGAUGCACAAUGUCCUACUUGUGGACAAUUUUUAGAAUUAGAAAAUGCUUUACUAGAAUUAAAAAAAACAAUGUCACUGUUAACAAAAAGGCUAGUGGAAGCAGAGAAGCGUGUCUCGUAUAUUGAGGAAUGUGAUUGUAAAAAAUCAUGCUUAAUAAAUGGUACAACUAAAAACGAUGGAGAUGCCUGGGAUAUUGGAUGUAGUCGUUGUGAGUGCAGGCAAGGAAUAGUCAAAUGUGGUCCAAGACCAUGUCCAGAGGUUAAAUGUAAACAUCCAGUAUUAAAAGAGGGCGAAUGUUGUCCUGUGUGUUUGAAAAGCUGUUACAUUACUAAGAAAGACUUUGAACAUGGUGAAAUCCAAAUCUUAGGCUGUAGAAACUGUUCGUGUGUAGAUGGUAAUAUGCAUUGUGAAUUCCUGCAAUGCCCCGAGCUGAAGUGUCCACCGGAACAACAAAUGUCAGUAACGGAUGAAUGCUGCAAAUUUUGUCAAGGAGUGGACUAUUGCUCAAAAGGCCAUGCAUGUCACAAUAACGCUACGUGUCUUAACCUUAACACCAAGUACACGUGUACCUGUCGUUCGGGCUUCCACGGAGAUGGGUAUCAAUGUUUCGAUGUGGAUGAGUGUACUCAACAGGGUGGUCUUAAUGGUAACCACUGUCAUCUUAACACACGAUGUGUUAACACCUUUGGUUCGUACAUUUGCGAAUGUUUACCUGGCUAUCGAAGACAAGAUAAGUUCAACUGCAUAGAGAUGGAUGAAUGCAAGUCUGGCGAGCACAAUUGCCACGAGGACGCAGAUUGCAUUAACACAUUGGGCUCAUUUCAUUGCCAAUGUAAGGAGGGUUACACGGGCAAUGGACACGAUUGUAGGCCCGUCUGCAAUCAAACCUGCUUGAACGGUGGAGAAUGUCGCUCGCCUAAUGUUUGUACAUGUCGAACGGGUUACAUUGGCGAUUCAUGUGAAAAGGAUCUGGACGAGUGUACAACAGGUUUGCACAGGUGUAAGGAUACGGCAGAUUGCGUUAAUAUGCCGGGCUGGUACUUCUGCAAAUGCAAGGCUGGAUUCGAAACCAAAGGCAAGGAUUGUGUAGAUAUAGAUGAGUGUUACCUCAAUACGCACAGCUGUCACCCAACGGCCCGGUGCGUAAACACACCAGGGCACUUCACAUGUGAAUGUCCGAUCGACGGCGAUUCGGAUUGCAGAUUAAGCUGUAUGUUCGAAGAUCGUGAACUGAAAGAUGGCGACAAGGUAUCCCCCAGCAAUGCGCCAUGCAAAAUAUGUACCUGUACGAAAGGUGUUAUAAGCUGUGUGGAACCUCCAUGCAACUGUUCAACAUGGCGUCCAGGGGUCGUGAGUGAACUAUGUUGUCCGCAAUGCGAUCCGAAACAAUCUUGCCAACACCAGGAGCUCAAACACGUCACGUUCCGCAGUGGCGAACAGUGGAUAUAUCAAUGUCAAACGUGUGAAUGUUUGUACGGCGAAUUUGACUGCUGGAAUCUUGAAUGUCCUCCACUAAUAUGUGAUAAUCCUAUGCCGGCCGGACCGGCAGAUUGUUGUCCCCGAUGUCCUAACGAUAGGUGUGGUUUUGAGAACCUUACCAAACUAUUAACCAGUAGUAGCAGUGAAGGCGUCGGUAUCGGAACAACAUGUUUAUACGAAAACCACGUAUACCCACCUGGACCAUUUAAAUAUCCGUCCAGAGAUUGCACAACCUGUUCCUGUAAGGUCCCCUACUGUGCCCUACUGAACGGGAAAAUCACCUGCCGUUACGACGAUAAUUGCAGUAUUGCUGACAAUCGUGGUGCACUGCGAAUGGUGGAAGAGCAUCAUGCGAACAAUAGGCUCAACUCUAGCACUUAUAAUCGUAAAUCAUCGCAAGCAACGACUCCAAAGAUGUUGGUGCCCCACCACCACCACCCACAACAGCAACAAAGCUAUCGUUUUCCUCACAGGACACCGACGGCCAACAGUUUAUCGAAAGAAAAUAUUAUCCGAUUCGACCGAAGCAGCAAAACAAAACCAACAGACGCAACCAUUACAUGGGAGGCGUCAUUCAGUGUGGCAGAAUAUGGAAGCAGCACAAUUAGUAGUACGCAGCACCGAGGAUCACAACAAACGGCCGUUGAUGAAAAAUUUGUUAUUGCCUCGCCCACACACUCUGCAAGUAAAGCAGCGCAAGACGCAAUUGUACAUGCCGGUAUGGCUGUACCUACAAUUUCAUCCGAAUCAGAAACUUCGUUUGAGUAUGGUACUGAAGCAGAACCCAGUAAAGAAAUCUCCCUACCGGCAACAACGUAUACACAAAAUAUACCACGCAAUAGUAACUCAGAAGAACAUAACAAUUAUACAAAGCACGUCUCUUCUGCUACAAAACAACGAACAGGCAUUACAUCUUCAGCAACGACACAGGGCCAGCAAACAAAAAUACAUAAUAAACAACCUUUUUUGCAAAAGUUACCGUUAAUCGAUUCGAUUAGCGGUUUGGACACUGAUGUAGCAACAAGAAGCCGCCGUAACACGAAGCGUAGUGAACGAGGAUGAAGUUAUUUUCGCAAAACAGCCCUUUAAUUCGAACGCAAACCAAAUCUAUUCCAAAAUUAUUUUACGAUCUUACCGAAAAUUUUCGACACAACGAAUUUAUCAUAAUUCAUGUCGUUGGAGCUACUUUGAGAAACUUAUGUAUAUGAUAUCAUACGCACAUAAUUAAAAACUGUAUCGCAUUUAAUUUAACAUUGAUGAAUGCUACGAUAAAUUAUGAUAUUUUUGGGUUUUCACAAACAAAAUUUUAUAGUCUAAAAAACGGAAUAACAUAAAGUACAGUACCCAAAGUAUUAAUCAUUAGUUAACACUCUUAGAUUGUUUCGACCAAGCAAAUCAAUCGCUGUUUAAUUUUACUAUCAAUUUUAUGAAGAAAAAUAAUAGCAGUACAGCUUAGCCGUCUUAAAAAAAGAAGUCAGGUCAAAGAAAAAAAAAGUCUUCAAUUCAAAAUUGAAAAUUCAAUUGAUUAUUGAACCACCUUCAAUAAUAUAUUUCAACGCUUUCAACAUUAACAAUAGUUGUAUGUUAUAUAUAGUAUUAAUGUCACUUUAAAUACUAUAUAUAUAAUAUAUAUAUAUAUAUAACACAUGUAAAUCGACACUGAAUCCCCAUUAUGUCUAUUAAAGCAGUUCAUCAAGUACAAUUUCAAAAUAGAAUCAAAACCACAUGCCUGUUGUAAUAUUGAUAUCAAUCAGGUUUUGUUAUUUUAAAGAUCAAAUGCUUGUACCGACCGACAUAUAUUCUAAGAAAGAUUCCUCCCCAACUCCGCCUUCAGUCACAUAAAAAAAUAAUAAACAAACGCAAUUAAACAAACGAAGAAGCAGAAAACCAAUUUUAAAGCCACAGGACAAAGUAUGUCAUGUUUUGAAGUUUGUAAAUUAAUUUUAAAAAAAUCAGUCUCUCAAACUGACAUGAGCAACAUAAUCGUUGAAGUUGGUCUGGAUCAAGGUGAAAACUUUAAGCAAAAGUGGAUUUUCAAAGUGGAUAUGAUACACUGUUACGAGUGCUAGACACAUUUCUGUGUUUCAACAUACGUUUCAUAUAACUUCGUUGUAAGCUAUAGAAAGCAGAAGAUGUAUAAACAAGAAAACUAUUCUGGCAAACAUUUCAAUGAGUUGCGGAUUGCAUUACUAUUACUAUGUGUUCGUUAGUUUGGUUAGUAGGCAUCUCUACUGUCUUUCCACACAGUAGUUGAAGUAUUUUUGCGCCAUUUGAAUAAAAAUAAAUAUAAAAAAGGAAUAGUUCCAGUAGGUAGUUUAACAAAUUGUGGCACAUCAGUCACGGUUUUCAACAAAUUGCUUGGUUCUAGUCAUGGACGGAAGGGAACUGUAAGGAUAAUUAUUUAUUAGAGCUACAUAUUCUGAUUUUGUUUGUUAUUCAGUUAUUAAUCUAUGUUUGAACGAUUGGAGACAACAUGUUUCCUAUCGAUGGAAUUUACAAGCCAACCUUAUCCACACAAGUAUUCUGAAUAGACGAUUUUAGGCAGUACUAAUAUUUAUACUUUUCAAUAAUGACCCCUUUUCUAUUCUAAAUUAGAAAGCUUAAAUGUCAGCCUAUCAGUGGAUCAUUAUUCAUCAUUCAGGUUGUAUUUUCCGUACCUAUUUGCCAACUGCCAAGAUUGGCCAUUUGGAUUUCGCCAAAUGUGAACCAAAAAAAGAUACAUUUCAAAAUCGUUUUAUUUCGUUUUUUCUAUUUGAAAUGAAUUACAAUACUAUUAAUACAUUUUCAAAUAUCGAUUCAAAAACAUUUUAACCUUCUUGGACAAAAUAUUUAUGCAGUAGCCAAAAAACAUACAUCAGCUACAUACAUCGAACAUGCAACAAAACAAAUCGGCGUAUUUUUACUCUUUAAUAUUAAUCAAAUAGUCUAGACCAGCGAUGUCAAACUCAUUUGAGCCUGCGGGUCAAAAUGCCACUGAAAAUAGUAGCACGGGUGGCAGCCUAGUUUUACAUGAUAUAUGAUAUGAUAUGAUAUGAUAUGAUGAUAUGAUACAAAAUCAGAUCAUUAACCGCUCUUUUCAUUUUGAGCUGAUAGUUACGUUACUUAAGUUUAGCUGUAGCAGAUUACUUUCAAUUAGGUCAUAGGCCUCUGAUAUUUUCAACAUUUGCAUCAUAGUUUUAUGACAACUAAUAAGUACGCAAAAAUAAUUUGCAAAAACUGGCUAUGACUAACGCGUUAGUUCCAAUACAAAGCAGUAAAUUUUGUAAUGAAAGGUUGAUAUUGGUAUCAUUUUGAUUAUCAAUAUUUUUUAGCUGAAAUUAAAGUAGCGAAUUCUUACUUUUGAUGAUGUCUAAAGUCCAUAAAUUACAACAGGUCGUGCAGUCCAGUUCAGAUCUUUACAGAGGGGAGGAAGAUGUCAAACAAGUCCUUAGUACACGUUAUUCCCUUCCUGCCAAUCUCCAUUUAAAUCUUCAUUCUUUGUGGCAAACAAAAUCAGUCAAAAAAAGCCAUAAAUUACAACAGGUCGUUUAGUCCCGUUCAGAUCUUUACGGGUCUGAUAGAGAUCGUUUGUAACAUUCUAUCAAAAGUAACACGUGUUUGUGCCGACUUCUUAUUUCUUAUGAUUUCUAAACGUUACGCAGAAAUAUAAUGUUCUAUCUUUAGUUCGACCAAUUUAGUUUGAAUGUUCUAAGAAGGGUUCAACCUUUUCCAAAACAAUAUACCAAAAAAGUGUCAAAGCUUGCGUUUUUAAUUCCUAUUGGCUGAGUGAUUUUGUUAAUUUGUACAAGUCUUUUUCUAAUCGAAAUUGCUUAAUUGGUCGCCAAGUGCCUUGAUUGAUGGCUUAACAAUAAAAAAAAUAAUAUUCCUAAACGACAUACAUAUGAGUAAGACAUUCAGGAUUUUGUAUGAGGUUGAAACUAAACCGUGAGUUGUUUCUUUUAAGAAUUGUUUAUCAAAUAUUUGUUUGGCUAACAAAUUUAAUCUUACGGAAAGGGUAUAACAUAAUUUUCAUUUAUUUCCCUAAAGUUGUGCGUAAUUGAAAGCUCAGUUUCAUUUAAAUAACCAUGUUUGAUUUGAUGAUUUGAUGCAUGAUCUGAAAAUUCAUAGAGAAACCUGCUAAGUUGAAAAUCCUUUCAUAUUUCAAGAGUCCGGAAUUGACUGACAUAUACUAUAGAAGCAGAAAUACUUCUACAAAUAAAAUUUGGCUCAAGCGGUCGCGGGCAAAACCAAAAGAACUCGCGGGCCAUCAGUUUGACAUCUCUGACCUAGGCUAAAAACGUAAGGCGUGUUGCGUGUGGUUUUUAUGAAGUGUUGACUUGAUUUAAGCCGUCAACAUAUAACAAAACACUGGAUACUGAAGCCUCCCAUUAGUAACCGAACCAUGUUGUAACCACGCGGUCCUAAUAUUAUAUUAUUGGGUCAUCGAUACCACACAAAAUGGCCAGCAUGGCUAGUUUGUAAGUUUUACUAAUUUUAUUUCCUAUUAUUGAAGAAAACAUAACAUUUACGAAAACAAGUAUUUUAAUUUUGUACGAAUAAGCCUUAGAGAAGAUGACAGAACGAUGUAUUUAGCGACGUCUUGGAAUACAAUUUGCCGAAAAGACAAUGUUGAUGAUAACGUGCAAACGUGCAAAUUAAUCGGUUCCAAUAUGCAAUAUGCAAGAGGUAACUGUAAUAUAAAAAGCAGCAAACCUCCGAUUGAAUUAGGCGGAUUUCACAUGAAAAAUCGUUUGGAAGAAUAAGACAACUAAGAACUCGAUUAAGAUGAGUUUUACGAUAAAAAUUUAACGGACUAAGCUAACAGCAGCAUUGAAUAACAAACAAUGACCAAUAGUUGCAUCAUCUGGUUUUUGUUUGACAAUAAUGUUUUGUAGUAAUAUGCAUAUUUCAACGAAUGCGAUGUUAUACUAUAUUCCGUUCAAGUCAUCUAAAAUUUAUAUGAAUUAUCGUGCUACUUUGUAAAAAUGUGUGCAUAAUCCCAUUUUUUAUAGUUUGAAUUGAAAUAGGAACGUCGCAAGCAUUCAAGUAUUGUAAUGUGUUAUGCUUACGAGAGUAAGAACAUAUUUUAUACAUAGUACCAUAUGUUUUUAUUACGAUGAAGCUGCAACAAGUACUUGAGCGCCAGUGAAAAAAUAGCUAAAUGAAAAAAAAUGUAAUUAAUAGGGAAAUAGUUCUGCAAAUUAACUACAUCAAGCAUAACAAUUUUAAACUAAAUCUCUAAAAGACUAAAGACGCCGCUAUAUACAAAUAACAGUGGCGGAUUAAGGGUAUCGGGGGCCCUAGGCGGUAAGACGUGUUGAGACCCCCUGUAAAUGAUGUUCUAGGGGGGGGAGGGGGGGGAGAGGUACUUGCACUGCUUGCUGUAAGGAUAUUUAACAGUAAACUUGAAAAAAAUGCUGGGGGGGAGUGCAAAUGAUUCACCAGCCUCGGGUCCCCAACGUCAUAGGCAUACUAUAGACUAGCGAUCUACGGGACCCCUAAAUCGGCGGGGCCCCAAGCGACCGCCUAGUCCGCCUACCGUUAGAUCUGCCACUGACAAAUAAAGUGUAGUAUGUUGCAUGUUUCCUCGUAAGAUAGCGAUCCAAACUGCGAAAUGAACAACAUAAAUUUGAUAUACUUUUUCAUCAUGUUUCUGGUUAUUUAAGAUUUUUAUAUUGCAUAUUCGCAUUUCAAUGUUGUUAGUUUUUGCUGUAUAUAGAACUAUUAAAAUAAUCUUUAUUUGGCAUCACUUAUAAUCUAAAUUUUGAGCGUCAUUAAAAUCCUAAUGAACCAAUUGAAUGUGCAGAGAUUGAUAAAUAUGACAAAAAAAUUUUUUUUCACAAACGAUUGUGAAAGCUAGUGAGUAUCUUUAAAGUGGGGAGAUAUAUGUAUUUGUAUGUCGUUAUAUGUUAUGUAUACCGAUAUAUCAAAUAGAAGGACUAUAUAAAGUAUACAUAAAUAGCUUAUAUAUUGUAACUUAUUAUGCUUAGUCUAGUUUAAACAAACUUUAAGAGUAACGAAGAGAUUCUUAUGUACAUAGAUAGUAAACAACAAAGAAGGCAUACAAGUUUAAUGAAUGAUAAGAAAAUAAAAGUAGUAGAAAGUUAAACGAAUUGAAAAGUAGAGUGAAAAAUGUAACCAUGAAGAAACCGCAUUAGUUUAAAUUUUAUGACACACACACACACACACACACACACACACACACACACACACACACACACACACACACACACACACACACACACACACACACACACACACACACACACACACACACACACACACACACACACACACACACACACACACACACACACACGCGCG